GUGGCCCGAGACCGUGCAGGGCUUAGGGACCCUGGGCUGGUAGUUACUUUGAAUCGCGAGAGUGCAAACGUGGGGCUCGUUUCUGGCAUCAUGGCGCAAAGGGCCUUCCCGAAUCCUUAUGCCGAUUAUAACAAAUCCCUGGCUGAAGGCUACUUUGAUUCUGCUGGGAGGCUGACUACUGAGUUCUCACAACGCCUGAACAAUAAGAUUCGAGAGCUUCUUCAGCAAAUGGAGAGAGGCCUAAAGUCGGCAGACCCUCGGGAUAGCACUGUUUACACUGGCUGGGCAGGUAUUGCUGUGCUUUACUUACACCUCUAUGAUGUGUUUGGGGACCCUACCUACCUACAGAAGGCACAUGACUAUGUAAAGCAAAGUCUGAACUGUUUGACCAAGCAUUCCAUCACCUUCCUUUGUGGGGAUGGGGGUCCCCUGGCAGUGGCUGCUGUGGUGCAUCACAAGAUGAACAAUGAGAAGCGGGCAGAAGACUGCAUCACCCGGCUAAUUCACCUAAAUAAGAUUGAUCCCCAUGCUCCAAAUGAAAUGCUCUAUGGACGAAUGGGCUACAUCUGUGCUCUUCUCUUUGUGAAUAAGAACUUCGGAGUGGAAAAGAUUCCUCAAAGCCAUAUUCAGCAGAUUUGUGAAACAGUCUUAACCUCUGGAGAAGACCUAGCUAGAAAGAGAAACUUCACAGGAAGGACUCCACUGUUGUAUGAAUGGUACCAAGAAUAUUACGUGGGGGCCGCUCAUGGCCUGGCAGGAAUUUAUUACUACCUGAUGCAGCCCAGCCUUCAAGUGAGCCAUGGGAAGUUACAUAGUUUGGUCAAGCCCAGUGUAGACUAUGUCUGCCAGCUGAAAUUCCCUUCCGGCAAUUACCCUCCUUGUGUGGACGAUACUCGGGAUCUGCUAGUCCACUGGUGCCACGGUUCUCCUGGGGUAAUCUACAUGCUCAUUCAGGCCUAUAAGGUGUUCAAAGAGGAACGGUAUCUCAGUGAUGCCUAUCAGUGUGCUGAUGUGAUCUGGCAGUAUGGCUUGCUGAAGAAGGGGUACGGGCUGUGCCACGGCGCUGCAGGGAAUGCCUACGCCUUCCUGUCGCUGUACAACCUCACGCAGGACGCGAAGUACCUGUACAGGGCCUGUAAGUUCGCUGAAUGGUGCUUAGAUUAUGGAGAACACGGAUGCAGAACACCAGACACCCCCUUCUCCCUCUUUGAAGGAAUGGCUGGAACAAUUUAUUUCUUGGCUGACCUCCUAGUGCCCAAGAAAGCCAGGUUUCCUGCAUUUGAACUGUAAGAGGAAAGUCCCCCCAGUGCAACUCACUGCAUGAGCCUUUCUGUAUAUCAUACCUGGGCUAAAGCAACAAUAGAGUCAAACUGUGUACUUGAUUUAGUUGAUUUUUUUUUUUCAGAA